GGUAGGCCGCUGCUGUAAACAUGGAAAUGAAGAAGACUAAGUUCUACAAGAGGACCCAGAAGGUACUAGAAAAGAAGCCAUCCAACGCUGUCACGACGCUUUUUUGCAAGGUGGGAAGAAAUGCCACCACAUGAUGGCGCCAUACUGGAAAAAAAGGAACAUCAAUGCUGCUGAGGCAUUGAGCCGGAGGAGCAGAGGUAUCAGUGGAAGUCUCACUAGGCUUAAUUUGAAAGUCCUGAGGGACAUCCUUGUGCAGGAGAACAGGGAUUUUUCUAAAGUGUGCAGCAAGACCUCAAAAUCCCAAAUAAUGUACGAAAAUGGUAAAAUCUACCUUGAAAAUUACGUGAGAUGCUACAACUGUGUUCAUUCCAAGCCGCACAUUCUCUACAAUUUGCCCAAACGAUGUAAAACUGAGAAAUUUGAAGAUGCCUUGCUGUGUCAGUGCCCACUUGAAAACACAUUGGCAUCUCCUUCUGAUCAGAAGUCCAGCCUCCUAGCUUUGACCGGUAAUAAUUGGUUGUAUCGCUUAUCGGAUGCAACAGGACAGGAGCUGGAGGGAGUUUUCCUGUCUUCAAAACACAAGUUUAAGUACCUAAGCUGGGAUGUUUCACAGGAGAUUUUCUAUGUUAAAUCUGUUCAAAGCAAAGACAACCCCCAAGCACGACAGGCCGGGAUCACACAAAGCACAGGGACGCAGCUUGCCAUUUUUCAAAUGUUCCCCUUGCAAAUUGUGGGCAUAAUGGAAGUCAACAAACAGGUGUUUGGGAGUGGCGUUACCGACGUUGCUCUAUCCCAGGGGGUCCUUGUCGUGUCAUACAGCAGGGCUGUCAAGUUGUUUAGUUUUGAGCACAUUGUGAAAAAAUACAUGAAGGAAAGAUUAGCACUUGGAAUGGCGAGUACACUUCUCAAAGGCAAAAAAGUGGGAGAAUUUCCAUUUGGCAUUCCUGUAAAUAUCCAGAUUACAGAUGAUGUGGUCCUGCUGGCUUCAUCUGACCAGGAUAUUCAGCUCUCACUGGAUCGGUUCGCGGCUGAGUGUGAAGCGACUGGGAUGAAAAUCAGCACUUCCGAGUCUGAGUCCAUGGUUCUCACCUGGAAAAGGGGGGAGCGCCAUCUCUGGGUUGCGGAGGAGAUCCUGCCCCAAGUGGAGGAGUUCAUGUACCUCUUGGUCUGUUCAGAGCGUCCUCCUGUGCUUUUUGAAGUGCCCUGCUCCAAUACUGGUGUGCAGAUUGGAGGGUUCCCUUGGCACUAUAUUCACACACCACCACAGAAGCGUCACCAAGGGACUCACCACAUUUGCUCACUCAGAGACAGGACUAUGGCCACUAAUGGAAUCAGGAAUAUGAACUGUUGUUCUUUAGAGAGCGAUGUGAUUUUCUUCCAUCCUGACGACUCGGGAAGAAUUAUUCAUGUGGGGCCCAGCACUAUAAACAUUCUAAAAAUCCUUGGUAGGUUGUCAACAAAGGUAAUUGAAGAUUUCUCGAUGGCAACUCGUCAACACAACAUUCCCACUUCACAAGUCACUGUCACCUCUUCGGGGCGCGCAGUGAAGAGACGAAUCCAGCAGCUGGAUGAUGACCCAGAUCAGGAGACUUUCCGCAUGGUGGAAUACGAGGACGAGCUGGACCUUUUAGCCGUGGUGGUCACCAACGGUGCAGACGGGGAAGGAAGAGCUCAGAUCCAACUGCAUGACAACCAGAGUGGACGUAUAUUGAAGACCGUUGACCUGUCAGAAACGUGGGAUGAGACCUUCCGACAUGGCCUGGUCUUCGACAAGGACACAAUUGUUCAUAUUGAACAAAAGGACACCAACGUCUGCUGCCAUGUCUACAAGCUCCAGGCCGCCAACAUAUGAAAGCUGCGAGGAAAUGUUUGACUACUGUUUAGCGCGUCACGUGACCCGACGUCGUCUGUCCUCAGCAGACGCGACUCUUCAUCAUCUUCAUCGUCUUCACCCUCCACAAGAAUGGCGGCCAUGGAGAAGUACAAACAGUUUGUGGUGACUCUGACUUGUGCGGCAGUGA